CUCCUUUAUCAAUAAUAACAUUCUUUUAUUUAUACCAAUAAAACUCAAAAGCAAAUCCAACCCUUUUCUCUAUUUCCUAUAUAUAAGCCACCUCCCAGAACUGCCAUCUUCAACUCGAUCAAAAUCUGCACUACAAACAUCGAUCAUCAUGUCUACCAGACUUGUAGGAGACUUUUACUCAAGGAGAUUGCUCAUAUACAACCCUCUUCACCAUUCACCAGCUGUAGCGUCUCCUCCAGCCGCCGCAAACGGCCACGAGUCGACGGAAGCCUACCCAGGCGACAACAGCUUCGAUGCAAAUGUUGUUAUGGUCCUCUCCGUCCUCUUGUGCGCGCUGAUUUGCUCCCUGGGGUUGAAUUCUAUUAUUCGGUGUGCUUUAAGGUGCUCGAGUUUGGUAGUCUCGGAGUCCAGCGGAAGCGGUUCCUCGACCGGCCGGGCAGCCAACACCGGCGUCAAGAAAAAGGCCCUCAAGACUUUCCCAACAGUAAGUUACUCGACUGAGCUCAACCUGCCGGGCAUGGACGCCGAGUGUGUGAUAUGCCUGUCGGAGUUCGCGCCCGGCGACCGCGUCCGCCUUCUUCCCAAGUGUAACCAUGGGUUCCACGUCCGGUGCAUCGAUAAGUGGCUGAGUUCACACUCUUCCUGCCCGAAAUGCAGGCACUGCCUCAUUGAGACGUGCCAGAAGAUCGUCGGCAGCUCAUCGGAACAACCGGCUCCUCCAGAGCAAGAAAGCACUGUAAGCAUUGCACCGCUAGAACCAGAAGGUUUUAUACGUAAUUUUAGGGGACUUAAUUAGUUGAAGUAUAUAUAAUUCUUUGCUUGUAUAAUAUGGUAGCUCUAGUUUUAGCCUUGUCACAAGCCAAUCUACCCACCCACCUAACUGUGAAUUUGUAGAGAAUGAAAUUUGUGUCUUGUUUUCAUCUUUCCCUCUAAAUGUAUAAAAAUUAAGAAAAAAAAAAGCCUUGGACCGACCCAUGGUUUGACUA